AUGAUGGCAAAUACACUCGACAGCGUAAACGCGAACCAGCCCACGCAAAAUGGUAGCAAGGUCCAACCUUGUAACAAUGAAUCUAAAACCAACCUGAUCAUUAACUAUUUGCCGCAAACGAUGACCCAGGAAGAGAUUAGAUCGUUAUUCUCGAGUGUCGGCGAAGUAGAAAGUUGCAAGCUUAUUAGAGACAAAGUGACCGUAUUCCCCGACCACAUUCUGAAUGGCCAGAGUUUGGGGUACGCAUUCGUCAACUACCACAAGGCAGAAGACGCUGAGAAAGCAGUGAACACACUGAAUGGGUUGAGACUGCAGAAUAAGAUCAUUAAGGUAUCGUACGCUCGUCCUAGUUCCGAUGCGAUCAAAGGCGCCAAUCUUUAUGUAUCAGGCUUGCCGAAGCACAUGACGCAGCAAGAAUUGGAGAAGCUCUUCAGUCCCUAUGGAACCAUCAUCAGCUCGCGCAUACUCCAUGAGAAUGUAAAUGUUGGUCAUUUGCUGCAAGUCGGCGGCGACGAGCCCAACAUCGUCGGACCUUCGAGGGGUGUCGCAUUCAUCCGCUACGAUCAACGACACGAGGCAGAGAACGCAAUACGUGAGUUAAAUGGCACAAUACCACCAGGUGGCACUGGCCCCAUCACAGUUAAGUGUGCCAACAACCCUAGCAACCAGAACAAGGCACUCGCUCCACUGGCAGCUUACCUGGCACCUGCAGCUGCUCGCCGCUUCGUUGGGCCUGCUGGGAAGGCUCUGUUGGCUAUCAACAAAGGUCUUCAAAGAUUCUCUCCUUUGGCCGACCCGCUCAUACAGGGUAAUGCCAUUGGUGGUUCAGGUUGGUGCAUCUUUGUCUAUAACAUCGGAGCUGACACCGAAGAGAGUGUCUUGUGGCAGCUCUUUGGCCCAUUCGGUGCCGUCCAGAGUGUUAAAAUAAUUAGAGAUCCCACAACCAACAAGUGUAAGGGCUAUGGUUUUGUCACCAUGACCAACUAUGAUGAGGCUGUUGUUGCCAUCCAAUCCUUGAAUGGAUACUCGCUAAAUGGCCAAGUACUCCAGGUCAGCUUCAAAACGAACAAGAGUAAAUCUUAA